AUGGCUCCUUAUGAAGCCUUUUAUGGGCGAAAGUGUCGUAAUCUUGCUUGUUGGAGCGACAUAAGUGACUCUUUGGUGUUGGGACCAGACUUGAUUCAUGACACCGUUGAGCAAGUGAAGGUUAUUCAGGCUACAAUGAAGGUUGCUCAGGAUAGGCAAAAGUCUUAUGAAGACCUGCGUCGAAAGCCUAUUUCUUACGCCGUUGGGGAUAAGUUGCGGAGAUAUCACAUCGAUCCUUCUCAUGUCAUUCCUAUAGAAUCGGUCGCUAUUGAACCGAAUUUGACUGUCGAAGAGCGACCUGUCCAGAUCUUGGACCGUCAAAAUCGUGCCUUGAGAAGAAAGGUGAUACCUAUGGUUAAAGUACUAUGGAAAAGCCAAAAGUAG